CAAAUUCUUCUUCAAAUCUAAACAUAACCUCGCCUAGUUUAUCUCGUAAAGAAAAUGUUUUAUCCACAACAGGAGAGUUUUAUGGCAAAUUUCGGCGAAGCGUUGCUGAAGAACAUCGACGAACGCUGCGGCGAGCUUGCGGUCUUCAUUGACCGUGCGAACUUAAAGGACUUGCACUCCAUUUAUCCCAUGCUAAUUGAUAGUAUAUUCGGUCCACUCAGUAAGGAAUGUUGGAACUUACGAGGCAUUACUGAAAGCAAUUCGUUGAGGACCUACAAUGCCGUCAGACAGUUUUUAAGUCCACUCGGUCCCAUUUUCAAACUCAUUUACACUCUACUGAAAGAUCCCUUGGUGAAAUUCAAUUUCAAUUUAAAUUAUUUACCGAUGAAAGUGCGUGAAAACACAAACCCUUCAACAACACAUCCGUUCUAUAUGGACAUGAUUAAUGUAGAUUUACAAACCAACCAGACCGUCUCAUUGAUGCUAAAUCCGUUUGAUUACUAUUUCUUUCAUUUUGCCUACCAUUUAAUUAAUCCAAUUCAUUUUGGUCAAAGUUCGGAUACCGUCCAUUGGGAGACCGUUUACUUUACAUUGUAUUGCGACUACUUGCGACACUACCUACCAAACGAUCCCAGUACGAAAAUUUUACCGAAUUUAAACUUUUACCAUGGAAAAAAUCCGUAUUACACUUUGCCAUCGUUGAAUAAACCUGCGAAGGUAUCGAAAUUAUUGCGAGCAGAUCUUUUCAAUGUGAACACUGUGGAGUCUGUACAGCAUCAUCCCAGAAACGAAGUGUGGCGAAGUGAGACUGUUAUGACUGUUUUUAUUGACAUGUGGUUUGGCAGCGAUCGUCUUUUAAAUUCCAGUUACAAUUUUGAUAGUAACUUUAGCACUGCAUUUAAGGACAUGUUUCAACGGAAUGAGAUGCCAUCGACUGAGUAUAUACGAAUUGUACGCGUUUUAGUGAAGCACCUGCACGCCUUUGCGAAUAGCGCAAGAGCUGACGAUACACACUUGGGUGACCUAAAACGAAUUGUUAUUCCAUGUUUACAGGGAAAGAUUUAUGUGCUGUUGCGGCAUCUCAUUUAUAGCUGGCCAUUGGAUGGAUCGUUUCGUCUUGUACUCGAACUCUGGUUUAGCUUCAUUCAGCCUUGGCGUUAUUUACCUGAUUAUCUGAAGCUAAAUCAAGUGGAUGCUAAUAUUGAUAAUGAAGACCUCAAUACAUCAACAAGUGGCGUUACAAGAGAUCACAUGACAUUCUUGGCCGAAAACCUUUUAGCUUACACGGUUCUACUGCAACAGUUACUCCCACGAUUCAACAAAGUUGAUUUGGCCAGUCCAAAAAUUGCGUUGAUAUUAUAUAGAACAUGUAAGGUUUUCGGACAGCCUCAUUUGAUAUCCUACCUGCGCGAUAUCGAAGAAGCAAUCCAGCAAGUAACCGUCACCUCACCUAUACAUCCCUAUCAUUCACCUACCUCUCACGGUCUACCUCCAUUAUCACCCACAUCCAAAUGGUCGACCAAUAACAGUCAGUACUCAGACACGCAAAUUCACUGGAAGGAUACAGUCAAUUCUUCCCAGACGCCCUACGGAGGUUUUGGGGGUAAAUGGGGAAAUAUCGUCAGACAACGAAUACUGGAGUAUGAGGGCUCUCACUUCUGUUACAAGCCGAUGUUUAUUCCACCAGUUGCGAGUGAAGUACUCGAGUUAAUAUCCCAUAUACAAAACGCCCAACGCGUAGCGUUGAAUAAUGUGCAAAUGCAUGUACGUGAAAAGGAGCAACGUGGGUUUUUCCUGUCUUUGAUAUCGAAAUUGAACAUAAAUGAAUAUUUACACAACGACUACAACGAGGAGGAUCGCAAGAAAGUGCCCAUCUACCUUGACUACUCAUUAAAGUUGCUAGUCGAGAUGUUUCAAAUAACCGAAUAUGUAACUCCACAAACGUCAUUCGACACGGUGCCGUUAAAGUCGGGCGAAGGUCCCCUGAGUAAUCCACGCCAGCUGAUGGCGCGUAUUAAGAAAAUUAAAUAUGAGGGAGACCCGGACUUGCGACCGAUUCAGUCACAUGAAGUAAAAGCAUUAGUUAGAAUGCUUUAUCGGUUGUCAGUGAAGGUUAAUUCUAAGUACGGAUCGGAAAUGCGAGACUGGUACAACACCAACACGUGGCUGGGAUUCUUUCUGCGACAAAUUCUAUGCCCGCCUCUACGAAUCUACACAUUUGACAAAUCUUCACCGGGUGCGCCGAAACGUGUAUCCGAAGACUUACCGCCGAGGAUUAGUUUAAGAUUCCUUGCCAAUUUUUGGGUGAUAUUCUAUUCGAUAUUGAUCAUUCUUUUGACAAAGUUUUUCGGGUUUAGCCUCCUGGCACUAUUUUUCAUUAUCUUCGUGCUAUGGUGCACAUACUCUUUGAUAAAGUCAGUUUACGAACCUUACCCAAAUGACAGAAAUAUCGAUGCGUCGAUGUCUAGUAGCAUGUCACGAGAGUUUUAUAAUAAUGAUUCGUUUUGAUUAUUAAUUUAUUUAUAUGAUUGCUUAUCAAACUAUUGACAUUUGUAUGUUUUUUACAGUUUAUUGUACUUUUGUAAGAAGAAUAAAAAAUUAGUCUUGUUGGGCUUCUUCUGUUAUGUUA